AUGUCGAAGUACGAUGCCGAUGAAACCUGCUGGUUGGAAGUUGGCUGGAGGAUCGCUGACAACGGAACCGAUACCGAAAAGUCUGUUACUGCUCCUCACAAUGGCAGGUCUGGUGUGAUCACCAAGCCUUUUGGAUACAUCAGUCAUUUGACUGCCCUCGAGACGCUUUACCUCCAAUAUUAUGUGGAACGAGGGUCCAAACUGUUGGUGAACUUGGAAAAUGAAGAGAAUCCAUUGCGAUCAUUGCUAAUUCCUCGAGCCCACUCCUCUCCCCUUCUAAUGAACGCUCUAUGCGCGCUGUCUGCCAUACAUCUCGCGAACCGUACAAGCGAUAGCUUGUACGCCCAAACUGCAGCAGCAGAUUAUUACAUUCAAACAAUGAGAGGCGUUCGGACCGCACUUACUGAGCGUUCCGCCGAUAAAUUUCCCGAGGACGCUCUUCUAUCGGUUGCUCUUCUUUGCAAAUUUGAGGUAGUACGUGGAAGCGUGAGGCAGUGGACGGUGCAUCUGCACGCAUUAGGAAAACUGAUACUAUCUCGCGGUGGAUUCGACUCCCUCAGUCAAGACACGGCUCAUUUUCUGCGGGGACUUUUUGUAUACGGGCAAAAUUUGGCAAAAUUGACGAACCCUAGACUGAUUACCGCGGCCUUGUCGGACCUAAAUCAUACAGAGAUUACCAGACUCGACAUAUACAUCGGCUACACUGAGAGAAUUAUCAAGCUGCUUGGAGAUUCAUACAAUCGACGAGUCGCUUCGUAA